AUGGAGUCGCAUGCGUGUUUUCAUUAUUCCACUCUAUUGUUGAGAUGCAGCCUGACAGCGUGGAUAGUCAUCCAAAGGAUUUACGUUACCAAGGAAUCUCGAGGAGUAAGCCAAUUUGCCGACGCUCCCACACAACAGGCACUCUUCCCUGUUUGCCGAAUUCCACCAGCAACCGAAGUAUCCGCCAUGGCUGCCACCACCUCCGUCGCUGCCAUGAACUUGGCUGCUCCCGUGGAGCUCGGCAACCCGGCCCAGAAGGCUUCCCGCGUGUUCAACAACACCGUGUCCUUCGCCCGCGCUGAGAAGGCUUCGCUCGCCGUCAGUGCCUCGGCUGAGGAAGAGCAGAGCAGGCGCUCGGCUCUUGCCCUCAUUGCCACCACCGUUGCCGUCUCCCUUUCCGGCAGCGCUCAGGCCGUUACUGGCGUGAAGAUCGAGGGCCCCCCUCCUCCGGCUGGCGGCCUUCCCGGCACUGAGAACUCUGACCAGGCCCGUGACUUCGACGCCCCCCUGAGCGAGCGGUUCUUCAUCCAGAUCAAGACCCCCGAGGAGGCUCUUGCCCGCGCCAAGGAUGUCGUCGGUGUGUUCGACGAGGUUCAGGGCUACAUCACCAAGAAGGCCUGGCCCUAUGUCCGCAACGAGCUGCGCUCCGAGCUCGGCUACUUGAGAUACGAUCUUGCCACCGUCAUCGCCUCCAAGGCCAAGGCCGAGAAGAAGGCUCUGAACGCUGAGCUCAAGGAGCUGAUCACCACCCUGGAGUCGUUGGACUAUGCCGCCCGCGUGAAGAACCAGGAGGCUGCUCAGAAGUACUUCGACGCCACCAAGUCCAAGGUGUCUGCCCUUCUUGCUAAGCUGUAA